CGCCGACUUCAACUGUUGUUUAUUCCUGCUAUGGUCUGUGGUUCACGCCACAGCCAUGGUCCAUAGAUCGAUUCCGCAUGCCAUUUUUAUGAUCCCGGCUUAAUAUUAGUUACAAGUCAGUCAAUCGUCACCGUACAAACUGACUUAAUCGGGCUCCGUUCGGAUCCGGAAUCGGGGAGUUGGUGCACAUCCAGUCUUGUUUCCGCCCCUUCGUCUGAUAUGACUGACCUGCGGCGGGAGUUGGCCAAGGCAAAACUAAACGCCAUGCCAGAGCUGAGUGAGUCGGAUAGAGACGGUGAGACCGAUGAUAUCCCAGAACUCCCCGAGUUUCCCGACGAUGACUCGUCCUCCGCAUCCUCCGCCUCGUCCACGGGGACCAUCAUUCCCUCGCCAAGCCGGAAUCUAUUCGCAAGGCCGCAAGGUGCCCCACGCGGACGGACCCUGCAGCAGAUCCCGUGGACAACCUACUUUGAGCGGGAGCUCUUCCUGGACGCCCGGGACGACGCAUCCGGCGCCCCCAUCACCUACCACGCCUACCUCACCUCCCCCGUGGGCAAGGGCCCCCUGUUCGUGAUGCACCACGGCGCCGGCUCCUCAGGCCUGUCCUUCGCCGUCCUCAGCGCGGAGAUCCGCAAGCGCCUGCCCAACGCCGGCAUCCUCUCCCCCGACGCGCGGGGCCACGGCUCGACCUCGGCCACCGGCGACGGCGUGGACCUUGGGCUCGGAACCUUGAGCUCCGACCUCCUCGCUGUGAUCCGGCUGACGCGCACCCGCAUGGGCUGGCCGGCGCCGCCGCCCGUCGUGCUGGUGGGCCACUCGCUCGGCGGCGCCGUGGUGACGGAGGUCGCGUCCCGGUGGGGCGCCGCCGCUGCUGGUGCUGACGGGGGUGAAGGAGGAGGAGGGUUGCUGGGCUACGCCGUGCUGGACGUCGUCGAGGGCUCCGCCAUGGACGCCCUGCAGAGCAUGCAGUCGUACCUGUCCGGGCGGCCGGGCAGCUUCGCGUCCCCCGAGGCGGCCAUCGAGUGGCACGUGCGGUCGCGCACGAUCCGGAACAGCGUCUCGGCGAGGACGAGCGUGCCGGCGCUGCUGGUGCGGGAGGAGGUCGGUAGCGACGACAACGAAAGCGGCGAAGGCGAAGGCGAAAUCGAGGGCGAAAUUGGGGCCGAGAAGAAGCAGCAGCAGCAGCAGCAGCAGCGGGCCGAGAGGAAGCCCCGCCGCCCCUGGACGUGGAGGACCGAUCUCGCGGCGACGCAGCCGUUCUGGGAGGGCUGGUUCGUUGGGCUGAGCAGGAAGUUCCUCGCGGCAAGGGGCGGGAAGCUGCUUCUGCUCGCGGGGACGGACAGGCUUGACACGGAGCUGACGAUUGGGCAGAUGCAGGGGAAAUACGCGCUGCAGGUCUUCCCGGAGGCAGGCCAUUUCAUCCACGAGGACCUGCCCGAGAAGACGGCCGUCGUGCUGGUCGAUUUCUACCGGCGCAAUGAUCGGAGUGCGCUGGUGUUGCCGCCGAAGGUAUCUGAGCUGCUUGCGCAGGGCAAGAAGGUCUAGUCCAGGGACUGUGUGGAUUGCUGUGCGAUUCACGGAUCAACGUUCUAAGGCAUCUUAGGAGUUUGCAAACAUGGAGCAGGCAUUUGUAAAGGUGGGGGGGAAGAGGGGGGCUGCAACGGCAUCAAUGUAGAUAUCUCGGUUUUGCGUCGAUUUCAAGACCUUUGCAAUCAAGACCUUUGCAAUUCUA